UGUUUACCUGCGAGUAGAGAUAUGUUUAUAAACAUCGAAGGUGUAUAUAGAGACCUAACGAAUGGCACAUGCGAUGAUCGUAAGGCAGCCUUUAGUGACGCAGUAAUUGUUCUUGUAUGGAAUGAAAGUUAUCGCUUGCUCAGCUGUUGUUUCAUUCGGUCGAAGGUCUAACUCUACAGCCAUCCACAAGAUAAGUAUACUGCAACAAUAGAAGGCGAUCGUCGUAAGCGCCCAUUUCCAGCAGUAACAACAACAUUAACGGCGAAAUUUCUAGCUGUGACCGAUUAGCAGAUACGACCCAACUUGUGGUCGAGAAACCCAAUACUCGGACAACGAUUUUCUCCAAAUAACGAAGCUGCCACAUGUUAUCAAGUGUUCGCCACUUUUCCUACAUGCUGCGUGCGCGACUGCAAAGCAGAGACUGCAAAAAAUCGUGUAAAAUUAUGUAACGUAAAUGGGGUUUGGCCCGCCGGUCGGACAAAUACAGAUCACGAAUGGCCCAGCCAAAGCAAAAACUGAAGGGAAGAUAGUCUUCAGUUUGGAAGUGCAGUGAAAAGAAAGAAAAAGGACUUCGGCUGUAUCGACGAUAUCAUUUUGUGGUUCAUGGAUGUUCACCUGGUUCACUCUAAUUGCGUCGCCUAAAUAGGCUUCUUUGUGCACAAUUUUGACCUUUUGUUUCGACAUGAUGUAUUCACACGAACGCCGGAAUACUAUGCAGCUGAACGAUCCAGCGUUGGGUCUUCUUGCGAACUCAGCAGCCACGAUGGGAACUUCGAUCAUGUCUACCUCAUCGGAGAGUUCGACGGCGCCCACCGAUUUCAACGUAUGCCAUUCCCUUGAAAACAGUCUCCACUAUUCAGCAUCUCCAGCCAGACGCUGUCAACUGUGUCGGCAGAUGAGGCGUAGAUUCUACUGCGCUGACUGUGUACGUAGUGGCGACAUCACGCAUUCGAAGGCCAAACUACCCCAGCGUUUCUCCGAAAAAAAACUUCGACUGUCUACAUCCGAACGCGAUCGGCACCAUUUGGCUGCCCUCGUAGAAGAGGCCAGUUCCGCGCAGCGGCAAAAAGACGAACUUCGUCAAAGGAUCGAACUCACACGACAGGCGGUACAGGCUCGCCAAAUUGUGGUGCGCGAUCUCGAAAAAGAAAUAGCGGAUGCUAAAGCGGAAAUGAGUCGCAUGAGAACUGGAUGUCGAGAAGCCCGAUCAGCUCGUCAAAAGUUGCCCGAGCGUAGAAAAGCAUGUGAUGCCGUCAUACAGAAGAGUCGUAAAGCUACUGACGAUAUGAGAAAGGAACUGGAAUCAUUACGCGAACGCGUUGGCGUUCUGGUCCGCCAGCAGGUGCAGGUGCUCAGCACCUGCAUUUUUCCCAUCGAAAUGCGGAGCUCGUCAAAGGGGCCCGAACUUGAGGGUGCGUUGGCCGAACUGGAGGAAGCGUGUCGCACAAAUUAUGUCCGCGGUCGAUGGGUCUACUCAAGCCAUUCGGUCGACGCGACGUACUCAAUAGGGGAGCCGUGUCUUUCGGCAGAUGGUAACUAUGGUCAUCUGCUUGAAUGGGUACAACAGCGACAGGACAGUCAGCAGCAGAGUGCAUUCACAGCCGGUGCUGAUGAAUCUUCGCAUAGGGCAUUCGAGGCAGCUGCUGGGCUUAUGCAUUUGGCUCAGAUGAUCAAAAUGCUUGCUUUUUAUCUUGAUUUGAAGCUCCCUUAUGCUCUGUGCUUUAGCGAAUUUGCCAUCGAAACACUUACUGAGGAAGGCCUACGAAAUAAGGUCGCUCGUUUAAAUGCCAACGUUGUCUUUAUGUGCGCCUCACAACGCGUCGACUCCUUGCAAAUUCGGCCGAAACAGGCGAUGCGCAAUCUACUAAAUAUCAUUGAGGUUGUCAAAAGGGAUACUCCGUAUAGUGCAGGUUUCGAGAUGAGCUCGGAGUUGGCCCUAUCCGUCGAGGAUGCGCUUACCCAGCAUCUUUGUUUGUUUGAUGUACAUGCCGAAAUGGAGUUGCUGGGUAGAUCAAGCGCCGAGCGUGAACGCGAUUCACCUGACGAUGACUGGGAGGCCGUCGCCUCGAUGGGACCCAGCGAUUUAAAUCAUGGUAUGCACAACUGUAGCAGCGCCACGGGCAGUGUUAUUUCAAAAAAUCGGAGCGCAAGUGUAAGUCUACUGAGUUCGGCAGCAGCUUUCGUUAACAAUUUCUGGUUGACGUCCUCACGGCCCAAUGAGUAGCUCAAAUGUAGUAGGCAAAAACCCAGUAAAAAAUGAACAAUUGUGAUGGAAAAGAAUGCACAAGAGGGAGAACAUGUUAAUCCAUAUGUUUAAAACUGGUUUGGUAUUUAUCAUAUUUUAUCAUAAAGCGUAAACGAGACCAGAUCAGUGAAAACUCGAACACUAGAAAAAAAAAAAUAAAGUACAAACAAAUACUAUUCUUAAAACAUUGUACAGAAUGGCAUCAAAGUGGUGGUGUUUUAUUAAUUACAGUUUGAUUGUUACUAUUUUUCAUCGUAACCACCACUGAUGGCGCCAUCAGUGACAUGUGUUCAUCUGAACCUUUCCGGUACAUCCCAUGUCUUAAAAGUUAUCUUACAAAUGCUACACGCUAAUAAUGCUAAUGCGGGCAAAAUGGAACAAAGCUAGUCAUUGCGCUGUCAGCGACUGUCGAAGCUUAACCGCACUUGUUUUUUAGACGGAAAAGGAGCGACGCAGUACUAUGUAUGUUUCCCUGUGUAUUUAUAUAUAAAUAUAUUAUGUAUUUAACUGUCUUUGAAUAAGUAUUGCAAUACUGUUCAGGGUAAGAGAUGUUUUUAUUUUGUACUUGGAAGGUUAGCGUGCAGCUGAAAUGGGGCAUUAGAAAGGGUGCGUUGCGUCUAUCAAGAAAUGCGUCCAGGGGGAAGUGGUAAAAAAUAUUAUCAACCGUGUGUGAUAAAUGCCCCCGUCGAGGGCACGAUACUCGCGAAAGAAUCUUAACCCAUGCAAGGUUUAUGUAGGAUUUGAAGCAUAAUCCGACGUUCGAAAACUUAUAUAUAUAUACACACAUGUACACUUAUUUUCGUGUCACAGUGUGCACGAGUUUGUGUGAUAAUAGGACUUGGCCUUCAGACGAAUGAUGGAAGCCGGAGCCCUAAGACCAUUGAAUUUUUUCUUCUUGGGAAGCUCCGACAAGGAAUUAUUAGCAGCAGGCAGAAAAAUGUGUUCCAAAGGUGAUAGUAUACGAAAAUAUCCCAACAGCGUUCUAGGCAGAAUGUGCAUACUUGAAUUUGCAACAACUAAGUUGAAUAACCUGUACAUACUAUGACACAGUAACUAUUAUGAUUUUGUACACAUGAUAAUAACAAAUAUGAGAAAUAAUUACUUAUCAGAUGGGGUUUAAUAACUCUAAUAAAAUGC